AUGGCUGGGGAGAAGAGCUUGGGAAGCCAAGCACCCAGUGCCCUGAGGAAAGCUCGUCCAGCUGGCCUCCCAUCCCCAGCCCUUUGCUGUGCCUGUGGCCUCUGCAUUAUGCUUGCAGGCAUCAACAUCACCCUUGUGGGCGCCUUUGCCACCUUCUUGCCAGGCCACAACCCACCCAUCAUCAUCGGGCCAGUACUGCUUGUCUUGGCCCUUGGCUUCUUUGGUGCGUGUUGUGUCUGUAGCCGUCGACCCCCUGCUCCUGGCACACGCCAGGCUAAGGCAGGCAAUAGGCCAGGCCCUGGUCGGGCAGGCCGUGCCACAUUUGAAAUGGAGACCAGUGAACACACAGUCCAAGACACAACAGCUGUGCAGCUGAGCCCUAUCCCAUCCCCUGCCUCAUCCCGCCACUCCAGCCCUGGUCCCGAGGGAGGUCCCCGAGCCUGUCGCCUCUUCACUAUGGAAUCUGAGGGUCCAGUGGGAGCCAGCUAUGCAUCUGGGGCAGAAGGAGUCCAGCUGAACCUGCCUCAGGAGCUUUCCAGCUCCUAAGGGGCCACCUGUGAGAGAUACCAGCAGCAGCCCUUCAACCAAGAAAAAGUCAUCGUACCAAAUCUACCUUGGGGAGCUUUUCAGGGUCUCUUGGAGGUGAUGGGUAAAGUGUGCCAGAAAGCCCAGAGAGCAAAAAGGGGACUGUGGUUUAGUGGUUUAGGGCUAUUUGGGAACUGGCAGACUUGGGGUGAAUCUUGACUUAUUUGCUUCCUGUGGGAACUUGGACAAGCCCCCAUCCCUCUCUGGGUCUCUAUAAAGUGAGCCCUCCUCUGCUUAAAGGUAGAGGAUGGAAGGAGAGGAACACAGAGAACGGCCACAAAAACUACAAGUAUUUCCCAUCAUUAUGAGGUAGUUUGAUGGGAGAAAGACCCUAGGUUUGGGAGGUCCAAAGACCUGCAUUCAAAUUUAACCUUGACCAAGUCUCCUCCUCUUCCAGUCUGUUCUCUCCUCUAUACAUUGGUAGAGUUUGGAGUAGCUGCUAUCCAAGGUCCUGCCCAGCCCCAGAUACUCUUAAGACACUAGCAGAAAGAAUGCUGCUUUUUAAAGAUACAUCUAUCAAAGUGAAGGUCACAAAGUGAGCACUGCUGGAGAUCCCAGGGAAAGAAUGGUUACCAGCAAGCAAGGAUCCUGGAAGGCUUCCUGGACGAGGUGACCUUCAGAGGCUGGGCAGGAUACACAAUCCAACCCUUCUGUGAACAGAGACAUUCUUAUAGGUACUAAUACACUGUCACAGCCAUACGCAACCCACCCAUUGCCAU